AUGUACCCUGGGCCUUUGUGGGUAGCUUUGUCCAUGUUCUCUCUCUUGGUUUGUUCUGUACAAGCAAAGCCACUGGAGACCUGGGGGCAUGUGUCUGCUGGAGGCAAUUCUCACAGCCUGCUGAGGGAGGCUCAAAGAAACCAGGAUAGGGGCACUUUCGACCUGAAGAUGUUUCUGGAGAAUAUGAAGGUGGACUUCCUGCGCAGCCUCAACCUGAGCAACGUUCCUUCCCAAAACAAAACCAGAGUGCAGCCACCACAAUAUAUGAUCGACUUAUACAACAGGUACAUCACUGACAAGUCGUCCACCCCAGACUCCAACAUCGUGCGGAGCUUCAGUGUGGAAGAUGCUGUCUCUUUAACUGCCACAGAAGACUUCCCCUUUCAGAAGCACAUCUUGCUCUUCAACAUCUCCAUACCCAGGCACGAGCUUAUCACGAGGGCUGAACUCCAACUCUACAUCUCCUGUCAAAACCACAAGGACGCACCUCAUGAGCUGAAAGGAAGCAUGGCCAUUUAUGAUGUUCUAGAUGGAACAAAUUACUGGGAUUGUUCUUCAGGUACCAAGACAUUUCUGGUGUCCCAGAACAUUCGAGAUGAAGGCUGGGAAACUUUUGAGGUCUCCAGUGCAGUGAGGCGGUGGGUCAGGGCAGACUCUUCCAAGAACAAAAAUAAACUGGAGGUGAUAGUGGAGAGUCACAGAAAAGGCUGUGACAAGCUGGAUAUCAGUGUUCCUCCAGGUUCCCAAAACCUUCCAUUCUUUGUUGUCUUCUCUAAUGAUCGCAGCAAUGGGACCAAGGAGACCAGGUUGGAGCUUAGGGAGAUGAUUGGCCAUGAACAGGAGAAUGUGCUCAAAAAGUUGCCUGAGAAUAGUCUGCUGGAUGGAGGUAAAGAAAAGGACAAUGAAGAAAGAAUGAACAUUCACCUGGCCACAGGAUCUUCUUUAGCCAGACAGAAAAGGAGCACUGGGGCUGGCAAUCACUGUCAGAAGACCUCUUUACGGGUAAACUUUGAGGAUAUUGGCUGGGACAGUUGGAUCAUUGCGCCUAAGGAGUAUGAUGCAUAUGAGUGUAAAGGUGGUUGUUUCUUCCCCCUUGCUGAUGAUGUGACCCCAACGAAGCACGCUAUUGUGCAGACCUUGGUGCAUCUCAAGUUUCCCAUGAAGGUUGGUAAAGCCUGCUGCGUACCUACCAAAUUGAGCCCUAUCUCAAUACUCUACAAGGAUGACAUGGGGGUCCCCACUCUGAAGUACCACUAUGAAGGCAUGAGUGUAGCAGAGUGUGGGUGUAGGUAGUGCCUUCUCAUGCCAUGCAGUGU